UGCUCAGAGGUAAUCAAUCAAUCAACCUCAUUAGCCCCGGAGCCAUUCGCUUCAUGACUCAGCGUGACUUAAUUGAUUAUUGGUACAAGUUUAUUGGUUUUGAAUGCUAUGGACGAAGACUGUGGUUUAGCCGAAGAUUUUGACUGUCCAAGUCUUCUGUGUGAGGAACUGGAGGAUUUGGAAACAAAGGACAAUGAAGGGAAGAUGAGAGGUAGGAGGAGAGUAGGAGAGGAGGAAGUGUUUAGUAAGAGGGAGGAUGAAGAGGCAGGAGAGGAGACGGAGCGAGAAGAGAAGGAGGGGGAGGAGAAGAAAGAAGAGAAAGUUGUAUCAGAGAAGGAACUGAUGGCGACAGCGGGAGAAGAGGAGGAGCAGGUGAAGCCUGAGAGUAGGCUGGAUGCGGAGGAGGCGCUGGAGGUGCAGAUAGAAAACAGUGAGAUUGAGAGCACCAAGGAAACUAUCGCUGAUACACAAGAGACUGAAGUAACAAGAAGUGUAGAACAGAAAGAUGAGCAGAAGAAGAGUAGGAAGAGGCGAGGUAAGAAGCAAAGUGAGCAGGUGAGAAACAGGAGAGGAGGAAAAGAUGUUGGUGAGAGGUUUGAGGAGGGAAACAAAGCACAGGGGGGGCCAGCGAUGAGCUUGGAGGAGAGCUCGGCUCUGUCUGAGCCUUCUGUCGGCCUCAUCAACAGCUGCGACUUGUCUGACUCAGUGUAUCUGGGUAUUGGGGCGACGGGGCUUUAUUGUCCCCCAGUUCCCAUUCCCCUGCUGUACUCCUCACAGCCUCCGGUCCCAAUUCAGCCUGCACCUCCUCAGCCACGAGGGACCAAGAGGCCUCACAGCCCCCUUCUACCCCAUAGUCUCCCCCAGCAGGGGACGCAGCCUCUCGAGAUGGAGAUAAACCAGGUCUACUCCCAUCAGCGCUCCCUGCGUUACAACAACAGGGGCCGAGGCCGAGCCCACAGCUUCCCUCUGCUCCCAGUGUUAGAGACUGUGGACAGUUCAGCGCUGCCGCCCGCACCGAAGAAGAAGACACGGACACUCUACAGCACAGAUCAGUUAGAGCAUUUAGAAAACCUGUUCCAGGAGGAUCACUAUCCCGACGCAGAGAAGAGGAAAGUCAUUGCAGCGUCAGUUGGUGUCACACCUCAGAGAAUAAUGGUCUGGUUUCAGAACCGAAGGGCUAAAUGGAGGAAGGCACGCUCCGUCACAGCAAAGCCUGAUCACAGACAGAGAGGAAGUGAAUACAGCAGCAGCAGCCCGCAUCACCAAAUCAAUCACACGUUGCCCUCACUGGCACCAAACAGUUACUUUGCAAACAAGCUGCCUCAGCUCCCUCCUGUAGUGCCUUCAAUCCCCACCCUGUCCACGCAGACCCCACCCUCCAACAACAACCUUCAGCCCAGCCUCACUAGCCCAGGUCAAUGCAGAGUGAGAGAAGCGGGCCAGCAUCAGUUUUCCUCUCAGGGGGGUUUGGCAGAGUACCACCCCCGUCCCAUGCACAGCCCUCCCCCACUGCGACGAGCCUGCCUGCCCCUUUUCACGACAACCUACAACCCUGCCAACCCCACUCCACCACUUCUCAACACCCCAAUUCACACCCCUCCUUUUUUCCUGGAUGCUCUGGAGGGUGGCUCCACCUUGGCCCAUCGUGACACCCAGUCUCUGCAGACAGACACCAGUUCAGUCUUUGACUUUACGGAGAAAUUGGACUACCUGACGUCCGGCCAGCAGAACAACAGUCUCUCAUACCAGCUCCAGGCUUCCUACCCCCCCGGCCAGCCUCAGCAUCAACCUCAAACAUCUCUGCCCCGCAUGGCCUACCUGACACCCUCCCCCUACCUCACCCCAAACCCUCCAGAUUCCAACCCUGCCUCCUAUCUGACAUUCGGCCCUGGAGGAAACUCAACUGGCAUGGUGACCUACUCCACCGGUGGCCAUGCCUUCUUCCCGUCCCAGAACACUGGACAAAUCCUACUGCAGUCAGCUGGCCAUCACGGUGGGAUAGCAUACCAGUCUUACCCGUGGGGUAACAUGUACAGUCAGCCUGCCAUGCACCAGCAUACUCAGUGCCCUCCAACAUACCCAGCCAGCUUGGGAUCUGCCCGGGACCACCAGACUCCCUCCACCACCAGCCUCCCUCUCCCUUCGUUCUUCCCGCGGGGGGACCCUGGGCCUUCGCAUGCAAACUCCCAGCGAUCAUCUCACACCCAGACCCACACCACCACCAGCAUCACCACCGUGCUCCCUCCUGUGUCGAGUCUGCGGCCCUCUUGCCUCAGAGGGGAGAAUAAUCCAGCCAAGGUUUCAUCCCUGUUACCUUCUCAGGUCAGCUCUGCCUCUCCAGAAAGUCCUCCAGUGCCCCCUUGUGUAAAAAUUGAGUAUGACAGUCCUCGAGAGAUACACAGCCACUUCCAGUGCGACUUCUCCCCGAUACAUUUUUGACUCUGAGAAUGUCUGAGUGUGUGUGUGCGUUAAUUUUCUAAGUAAAAGACGUGUGAAUCUUUGUGCUUUCUAGUUGUAUUACUGUUAAGAUGUCUAAGUAGCAUAAUACUGCUACCAAGCUUGGUUGAGCUGUACUUAGCUGGGCUACAAUAAAUGUUCAUUGAUCAUUUAUUUCUGAAUCUAA